CCGGCUGCGGAGCGCGGGGAAGAUGAGGGACCGCGGAGGGAGAGCGAGUGUCCUCAGCAAAACCGGGCCCGGCUGAGGGGGAGGCCGCCCGCCCGCCCGGAGCUGGGCUGAGCAGACCCCAGGGGAACUGGACGGUUACCGGGGAUUGAAAGCUUUUGGCUGCUUGUGUAAAUUUGAAACAUCUCUGCCAAAGACGGAAAUGAAAUGAUUGUGAAGAAGUUUGAACUAGAGUGCAAUGGACUGCUGAAGUCAUGGGAAUUAGACUAGUGAACUGCAUGAGUAUACCUACAGCAGUGCUGUAUGGUUCCUUAUCUCUGUUUGUCUCCAUUCUGCAUAAUGUGUUCCUCCUAUACUAUGUAGAUACAUUUGUAUCUGUUUACAAAAUCGACAAAGUAUCCUUCUGGAUUGGGGAGACCAUUUUUCUCCUAUGGAACAGUCUUAAUGAUCCAUUAUUUGGGUGGCUUAGUGACCGCUCAUUUCUGAGCACACAGCAAUCAGGCGCUGCGAUCCCUACUCCAGAAGUAAUAUUGAAACGACUGAAGGCAUUAAUGCGAAAUGGUCCUCUGUUUGCUUUAUCAUUCCUCUCUUUCUGGGUGGUUUGGGCCCGCCCAGGAGUACAGUUUCUCAUCUGUCUUUGUCUGUAUGAUGGAUUCCUCACCUUGGUGGACCUUAAUCAUAAUGCCUUACUGGCAGACCUGGCAGUAUCGGAAAAGGACAGGACUAGACUGAAUUUUUAUUGUUCCCUUUUUAGUGCACUUGGCUCCUUGUCUGUGUUUAUGUCCUAUGCAGUCUGGAACAAGGAAAACUUCCUCUCAUUUAGACUCUUCUGCGUAGCGUUGGCUGCCUUUUCGACUCUAGGUUUUAGUUUCUGCACUUGGAUUCUCAGACAACGAUUUCAGUUGGAGCUGAAAGUCAAAAUUGCGGAGGCUUCCAUACUAGAGGAGCUAUACAUUAGUCAAGCACCUCAUACUCAGGAACUGACGUUGGCAGAAUACCUGAAACAACUCUCCAGACAUCGGAACUUUGCUUGGUUUGUGACCAUGAACUUGGUGCAGGUAUUUCACUGCCACUUCAACAGUAAUUUCUUUCCAUUGUUCAUGGAGCACCUCCUUUCAGACAGGAUUUCACUCUCUACAGGAUCCUUUCUCCUCGGUGCAUCAUACAUUGCUCCACACCUAAACAACCUCUACUUCCUGUCACUGUGCCACAGAUUUGGAGUGUAUCUGGUUAUCCGAUGGUUAUUUUUCUUAAAACUGACAAUGAGUUUCAUGAUGUUACUGGCGGGACCAGAUCAAAUCUACCUACUCUGUUUCUUCAUUGCCAGUAACCGGGUAUUCACUGAGGGGACGUGCAAACUCCUGAACCUUGUCAUCUCCGACCUUGUAGAUGAAGAUUUUGUGAUGAACAAGAGGAAACAGGCAGCUUCAGCAUUGCUAUUUGGCAUGGUUGCCUUGGUAACCAAACCUGGACAGACAUUUGCCCCGUUAAUUGGGACGUGGCUUUUGUAUGUUUACACAGGGUAUGACAUUUUUCAGCACGAUGCACUACGCGAUAUUGUGAACACAAAGCCAGUGGUGAAAUCAGAUGUUGCCUGGAUGACAGCGGUUCGCCAAGGGUGCUUCUACCUGUUAGUCUUCGUACCCAUUACCUGUGCAGUGCUGCAGCUUCUGGCCUGGUCUCAGUUCAACCUCCAUGGCAAAAGACUGCAGACAAUCAAGUCAUUGAGGCAGAAUACGCACCAGGCUGGCCUGCAGGAUAUUAAAGCAGUUUAGGUCAUUAGCCUAAACAUGCAGGAGCCAACAAAUCUGCCAAGUCCAGUAGAUUAGACAUGACAUUUUUUAUUGCCACUUCAGCUCAGGAUAUGGAACUUUCAUUUUCAAUGGAAUAAUAUUUUUGUUCAGAUGUUUUGUGUAAAUUUUGAAGACCUCAUUAAUGUAGCAAGAGAUUAAUGGUUGAUAAGACCAUUGUGCCUGAUUAAUUCUUUUUGAAAAUUUCACUUCUAAUGUUCACUGGAGGAGACCACAAAUUGUAUUUUAAUGUCUAGAGUAUAAUUAGAGUUGUUUAAUAUGUUAAGGAUGCACAAGAUCUUAAGAUUUGCAGAAUCUGUAUUCCCUCAUCAUGUUGUAAAAUUCAGUAGAGCAUAAUUCCAUAUCAACCUAUCACUCUUGGAGCCAUCUGUUUGCAUGGGUCAUUUUAAAUUUGGAUCAAACUAAAGAUUGAUAUUGUUAAUUUGAUAUUGAACUGCACUGAACUCCGUUGUUCCUCAGUGUACUGAUGUGGGAGAGUAUCGGCCAGUGGCUGAAGCCGUCCUUCUAGCUCCUUUGGAGCUGCAUUAAAUUCCACCUUCUGUCUGGAUGUGAAAUUAGUUUAACAGUCUCACUUCAAUGUCCAAGUGGGCUGAGCCUCAAGCACCAGACUACUUUUAAUCAGCUGCGAAUUUGGCAGUUUCUUUGCAGGAUGGCUGUUUUUUUUUAAAGAAAAAAGUCACGUGUCACAAUAGGGCAGGAAGGUAGCCUCUUGUAAAGUGGUAGCUGAGACACAUUGAGGCAGGAAGUGAGGAGUUUUAUCUUGCAUCUAAUCAUGUUGUAUCUAACUUGAGAGUGAACACUUCAUGCUGAGUCUUUGUCCAUAAUGAAAAAUGUUCCAUUCCAUAGCAUUGACAAAACUGCCUUGAAUGAAAGACAAAAGGCAAUAUGAGGGAGACUGAACUGGACCUGUCUGUGGCUUUGAGAAUGCUUGUUGAUAGAGCAGGACAGAGAAGGACCUGGAAAUGAGGAGGAAUCUCCGGUAGUAGGCAUAUCACUGGCCAAUUGCUCAAAAUGUGCCAACAAUUUCUUCACCUUCAGCUGUGAGCACUUAUUGCAUAUGUCAAUUAUUGAUUAAAAUAUUUUGCAUUUCCCAGGCUUCUGCCCAUAGAAAUUGACAACAACUGCCUCAUGUAACAGAGGCUCGUGGUGGAAGUUGAGGGUGAUUUAUAGACAUCAUAUGUUAACUUAUAACGGUCUCCCAAACCAUCUGGCAGCAUUGUGUUUAAUAAUAAUGUGCAACCUGAAAUCCAAAUGGAGCCAUCUAAUUAUUCAUUUUAUAUGGGACUCUCUGAAGCCAUUGCUAGUUUGCACUUCUGACUUUUGGAUCAUAAACCUACUUCAUUUGUCCAGCUCUUCAUAUAAAUUUGUGCUGAAGGUCAUCUCUUUAAUUUGUCUUUUACAGCUUUGAUAGCCUAAUUAUAAUCCAUUAAAGCACAUGAAGUAAAAUCACCAGAGGUGCCAACUUACAUAAAUUAUUUUCAAAUAAAUAUUUGUAUUCAUUCUUUCAUUUAUGUAUUUUCCAGCUUUUUUUCUUCCCCCUUGACUCUGGGUUUUACUCUCUUGUCUCUCGCAUUGAGAUGAUGUGGCAGGAGGCUGGGAGCUCCAACAGUGGAAGUACCCCAUUACGAUGUUGAGCCAUUAUGGAUGUGGAUUGGCCAAUAAUUUCCUCCCAUUCAUCACUUUGUAUUUCAUCAAUAAUUUUUAGCAGUUCUUCAGGUAGUUGAAUUCCUGGACUUUCUAUAUAUCUUUUAUAACAAUGUGAGAGAAUUUGAUGCUUUUCCAUUUGCGACUGUGAGAGAUGAAAUUCCUAAACAGUGAUCCUGAUUUUUAAUUGCGUCCACUGCCAACCUGUUUCAUAUUAAUGUAACUUUGAAAAAUAGCUAAUGACUGAAAACUUCUGAAGAAUUUCUUUUUUUUGUGAUUCCAUUUCUGUCACACUCCAGACUUGCAUCUGUUCUCCAGUACAGGGACUGAAGGUGGCCAGUCUUUAAGCCUUCCAGCUCUUGUCCCUUUCAAGAACAAGGGUGGUGAAGGCUGGCUUUUACUUUAGUCUGCUUUUUACAUGAUAAACCCGAGUAUUGGCACUGAGUGGGACACUGGCGUUGAACUCUAAAUGGAGAGUUAGUUUCCCUGAUCUAAUUUUGGGAUGUGGAGGGGUUCAAUCAGAUUCUAACAUCUGAUAAUAACUGAAGUGUUCUGCUUCUCGCCAGUUUGUAUUCUGAUCUGGAAGAAAUACCCUCCCGUGGAUUGGAACAGAGGUGUACUUUAUAAUACUGCAAAUAUUGGCUCAAAGAUGUUGCCUUUAAAACCUCUAAAUUGUGAAAAAGCACUCCACUACAGUAGUCCCCGUCUCCAUACUCAUGAGGAUGAGCUCCGUGACCUACUGUGGAUAGGAGCUGAAUCUAUUCAUUUCAAUGGGACAUUUAUUUCCUGGCAACCCCUGGUUCCACAAGGUUCCCUUUAAUAUGUUUGGGCCAGGGAUACAGGGGGCUGCCCUCUAUAUCUGUACCACUUUUAAAAUUCAUAGAAUAUUUAAUUGUUUAUCUUCAGGAAUAAGACAAAAUGAAGACGUUUGUGAAAUCUGUCACUGCUUUUAAGUUGUAACAAGUCAGAAUUUUUCAUUAUAUUAAAUGUUGCUUAAAAUAUUUUAGAAAUCUUUGAAAUAAUUAUUCAGCAAGCAGCAAAAUAAAGAUUUGUUUGAUGUAAAACCGUUAAUUUGGUGUUUUUAAUGUUUGACCUGUUAUGUUUAAAAAGUACGUUUUGCAUUUGUAUUGUACUUAUUUUAAGCAAAUGUGCCUCGGCCAGUGAAACUCUCUUGGAAAUGUGGCAGCUACAAUAAACUCCCUCAAACAGCAAUGUGAUCAUGACCAGGUAA